AUGAUCCCGCGAAACAACAGCGCACGGUCGCUGGCGGAACCGCACCCGGUGGAAAUUUCUCCGUCGCUACAGACCGCUUCACGCAGGCCCAGUACUUCCAAUUUUGCGCGCUUCGCGUUCAACAUCUAUGGCUCACAGAACAACCUGAACUCCGCGACGCACACACCGCCCAGUUCGCUUCCGCGAUACACAUCCGGUGCCAGCUCGUACUCCCAAUCGUACUCCCAAUCGUGUUCCCAUUCGUACUCCUCUUCCGUUUCGGGGUCCGACUCUCGGGCGCGAUACACGUCUCCCACGGAGAUUCAAUGCCUUGCGCCGCUCAACGGUACCGUGGGCGACUUUGCGGUAAUUGCAGGCAAGAACCUCCUCCAGGUGCUCCGGGUAUCGACUCAGGAGAUUAAGGUCGAAUGGGACUUGCUUGCGAGUAAUUCUGCACGCCACAACCAGAAGCUCGGCUCCAUCUCGGAUGUGUGUGCGGGGUACGACGCAAUGGGGCGCAUGGUGGCGACGGCCUCCACCAGCGGCUCAAUCUUCAUCUAUGACUACACGAGCAAGCAGCCGUCGAAGCUCCAGCACCACCUCAGCAACCACACGCGUGCGGUCAACUCGCUAGACUUCUCGACUCACAAUCCGUACUCCAUCCUCAGCGGCUCGCAGGACGGGACGAUGAAGGUGUGGGACUUGCGUAUCAAGAGCUCGAAACCGACGACAACGAUUCAGGGAAACGCGGAGGCGGUGCGGUGUGUCAAGUUUCUGCCACACCUGCCUCGAAAGUUGGUGGCGAUCUUCGACCUGGGCGUGAUCAAGAAGUGGGACGUGCGCAUGCCGGGACAGUACGAGAAAAAACUUAAUGCACAUACCGGACCCGGGCUUUCUCUCGGGUACCAUCCCGAGCUCGACUAUAUCGCAAGCGGCGGCCGUGACAAACAGAUCCAGAUCUGGAACAUGGGCAGUCAGGGCAGCGAACGUACGCCGGACUACGUCAUAAACACGUCGGGCCCUAUCGCUCGCGUCGACUGGGGGCCGCUGGUGACCCAUGCCAACCCGUCGCUCUUCAACCACAACAUCGCACUGUGCUUCAUGAACGAUGUCCACUCGAUACAGGUUUGGAACCUCAAGCGGAAAUACAUCCCGCUAUACAUUGUCAAGGGACACACAAAUCAAAUCACAGGCUUCCACUACAAAAGCGAUCGCCACAUCUGGAGCUGCUCCAAGGACCAUACCUUCGUCCAGACAGACUUGACACAGGCCAUCCAGCCGUUGCGCAACUUGCCGAGCACUGCGCUCGCCUGGGGAAACGGCUUCGCAGACAUGAUAAUGAUCGACCAGCACAAGCAGGACUUUGGGCUCGACCCUAGCUUUGCUACGGCUAUCGCACUGCCCGAAAGAGACACUCUUUCUCCAAUCCAGACCAUGUCUUCCUCUCCCACCAGCUACUACACCCCGGUCGAGCGGCCGGUUUUGACCCGCAGCACCACUCUGUUGUAUCCGCGGCCGCCGCUUCCUCGCACCAUAUCACGGGCCUCAACAGGUGUCAGCGCUAACGGAAACACACCCUACGCGGUCCCUGUCAGCGUCCCCAUCCCGCUGAACGACGACGACACGUUUGAGUAUUUGACAAACACCUACUUGACGGAAAUUCCCGAAGGCAUGGACAUGGCGGCGGUGUGUGGGUACCACGCGGCACCACAGCUUCUCCACAGCCCAGCGCUUACAAAGUGGACCAGUAACAAAAGCGAACUUACGAAACAGCUCAGACUGCGCACCGAGACCUUCAGCACCCACACACGCGAGUCACAGCUCUACAAGGAGAUUGAACCCGGAUCAUCAGAAGACCUUGUGAUCCCCUGGGGUGCCAGACAGCUUAUUGAGAAGGCCGCGGAGUACGCCGCGGAUCAGGGAAAUAUCGUCUUGUGUGCCACCCUCACCCUUCUCUUCUACAACGAGGCGAAUCCCGUGGUGGAGAAGCAGCAGGCGCUCGAGUGGAUCUAUUUGUACAUCCAGAUUUUGAACCGCAAGGGCUUGUUCACCAUUGCGAUCGACAUCAUGAAGAAGUGCGAGUUUGAGGAAAUACGCCUGAUGGGCCAGAACGAAACAACCUUGCGUACGUACUGCCCCAACUGUCUUGAGUUGGUGGUGAACGAGCGGACAAAAAAGCGUAACUUGGAGAACAAAGACACUGGGGCUGAUGAGGGUUUUUGGUGGUGUGACAAGUGCCGCAAGUGUUUGGGGAAGUGCAUCUACUGUAACGAGCCGGUAAAGGGAAUGGCGUUGGCGUUCUUGUCGUGCGGCCACAUGGGCCAUUUCGGGUGCUUGCGAGAGUGGUUUAUUUGGGACGAGAAUACCGAGUGUCCCAGUGGCUGUGGAACCGUGGUACUAUAG